AUGGGUUGUUGUGCUAGCUCCGCCACCGCCGGCCAGAAAGACGAGCCGGUCUCCGGCAAGAACACAGCACCACCUCCUUCCGUUGUCGAGGAAGAGACGGUAGUCAAAGAAGUCUUGUCCGAAACCACAUUGGUCACUUCCUCUAACGACAACAAUUCGACGGUGGAGACGACGACAAAGAUUCCACAAGACGAGGAGAAGAAACCCGGAACCAUCGACGUCGCUUCUGACCCGGUUUUAACCGAAUCCGGUUCGUUUGAACCGGAAAAAGGAUCGGAAGUUUCGGAGAUUUGUAGCUUAAGCGAGAGUCUGCUUUCGAUCGUCACUGGAGAAGACGAGGAAGAAGUGAAACAGAGGAAAUCGCAGGUAAUGAGACAGAGAUCUCCGGCGAAAUCUCGGAACCGGGUCAUGGUUAAUUACCCGACCCGGAUAACCGAUAUGUCUCCUCGUAGGAGAAACAACGAAGGAGCUGGUUCGGUGAGGCUGGUGCCGUCUGAAAGAUCCGAGAGGAGGUCCAGGUCGCCGGCGAUGAACAGGUCCGUGAUGGGUCCGAGUCGGAGUCAGUAUAGUACGGAGAGUGGUGGUGGAGCAAUGAGGAAACAGAGUCAGUCUCCGGGUCGGGUCAGACGCUAUCCGAAUAAAAACGGGUCGGAACAAGAUAGUAAUUAUCAACAACAGUGGCCGAGUUGCGGUGCGGUUGGAGGAAAUGACAAUUCUACCCCUAAAGAUUCGUUUGAGAACCCUCUUGUUUCAUUAGAGUGUUUCAUCUUUCUAUAA